ACGCCGUUUCCAGUUUCAGCAAAACACUUUUAAAGUCUAAACCAAACACACAUUGAGAUUAAAAACCACAACUGCCUGUGCCGUGUGGUGUUGUGUUUUUUUUUUUUGUUUCAUCUCCAUCUUUUUCUUCAAAUUUCCCAGAAGAGAAACUCACAAAGAUGAGGUUAUCAUUGAGGCAUGCUUUGGUGUUUGCGUUAAUUGGGGCGUUGUGGAACUUGCAGAGGGCAGAGGGUAUCCGAUUUGUGAUAGACAGAGACGAGUGUUUCUCCCAUGACGUAAAGUACGAGGGUGACACUGUUCAUGUCUCUUUCGUUGUUAUUAAGGCUGAUUCUCCCUGGCAUUACGGCGACGAAGGUGUCGAUCUCGUGGUAAAGGGACCUUCUGGCGAGCAAAUACAAGAUUUUCGGGACAAGACCAGUGAGAAGUUCGAUUUUGUGGCUCACAAAUCCGGGGUCCAUAAAUUCUGCUUCACCAACAAGUCUCCUUAUCAUGAAACUGUUGAUUUUGAUGUACAUGUUGGUCACUUCUCUUACUUUGAGCAACAUGCAAAAGAUGAGCAUUUCACCCCUUUGCUGGAGCAGAUUGGGAAGUUGGAGGAAGCUCUAUACAACAUUCAGUUUGAACAGCAUUGGUUAGAGGCUCAGACUGACCGCCAAGCAAUAGUGAACGAUGCAAUGAGCAGAAGAGCAGUACACAAGGCAAUUUUUGAAUCAGCAGCACUGAUUGGGGCUAGUGCGCUGCAAGUCUACCUUCUGCAGCGAUUGUUUGAACGAAAGUUGGGUACCUCGAGAGUUUAGAGCUACGAAAGGUUCUGCGAAUCUGUAACAGUACAAAUGAGAAUGUUAUUUUAAACUUUUUUCCGUUGUCAUCACAUGGAUAUUUAUAUAACUAGUUGUUCAAUCCUACUCAUAAUACGUGUGGAAAUAUGUUAUUUAAUGUUGAUUAUAGUUGAUUUCUUUUUCCGGUAAACUAAAAUAUGACAGGCAAUUUCUACGCUCCCA